AUGGCCUCGUGGAAUCAGUCAAACGGUGCGCGCUCACACUCGUACCCUCUCGCCCAACCCGACCCCACGUCGAUCAACGCCGGCAGCCUCGGGGGUCCCCAGCCUCGGUUUGGCUCCUCCACUUCGUCGCCGCAGAGAGCGCUGUCUCAACGAGAUCAUACCUAUGGCAAUAUGUCUUCUUGGGGCCAUCGUCCACCCUCAAACGUCCCUUUAAAUGCGAACGGUGCACCGGCUUUUGCGUCUCAGCCUUGGAACCCUAGUCUGCUGCUGAACCCCCGCGGUUUCCAUCAACCCCAACAGAACAGCGAGAGCCCUUCUUCGACCGUUUCUGCUGCUCCUCAGCUCUCGUUUCAGUUUGACACUCCAGAUAGCACCCAGCAGACGCCCCAUUAUUCGCACUCCGACCCCACAUACCACAACGAGAAUAAGACGAGCAGACAAAGCGGCUUCGCACAAUAUGCGAAUGGGAACGAACAAGUUGGGGGUAUGGGUCAUAUGCUUGAGCGUAUGCAUAAUGUCACGGACCGGAGUAUGUUGCCACCGCAAAAGCGCAGGAAGCUCGACGAUGAACAGGAUGAACAGCGGAGGAAGCCUGGGUUUGGUGGUGGUGGCAAGGGCGGAGUGCUGGGGGGGUAUGUGAGGGAUAAGAGGGAUGAAGGUCAACGGGAAGCGAACGCAAAAGCAACUGUGGUGGAUAUCUCGGCGAUUGAUGAUGAGGUGGAGAUCGCUAACGAUCCAGGAGACCAAGAGGUCUGCUUUGGCCGAAUAGAAGGUGCUGAGAUCAGUGCAUUCAAAGUGCCAACGCCACGGCCCGGUGCUGUCGCUGUCUCGAGUGGGUUUUGGCCCCAAGUUAAAAUACAUCUACGCCGGCGGGUGGGAGAAAGAUCAAAUAUCAUACAUGCGGUCGAUAGCACUAGAGAAAUCAUUGGUUGUGUCGACGUCAAUACCGCUAUUGGAUUGGUACCGCUACUUGACUCGAAGUUCGGCAUCCGAACGGUGUCUCGAAUCCUCACCCGAGCACGGAAAGAAGGUGACCCAUCUCCUGGUGCUCAGGUCUCCUGCCGGUACGGCCUUGACUUGAACUUAUAUGGCCCAAAGAAGUAUGCUAUGCAGAUUGGUCGUCACCUAUCUCAUAAACAACUGUGGCUACGUACCCCACUCUUUGUGGAGGCGGGGAUUAGCCUCUACAAUCCACAUACGGUUGAGAGGCCUCAGCAGCUAAUUUCAAGGCCUACUACAGCUUAUGGCGGCCGGCCGCAAGGCCCUGUACGAACGACUGAGGAGAUUCGGAGCGAUGUUCUAGGCAUGUUUGAUUCCCUGGAGAGAUCUGAGAACCUUCCAGACCUAGAACCUGAUUCUCGGAUAACCACCGACCUUUUGCGGCACCAGAAGCAAGGCCUCUACUUCAUGACGAACAAGGAGAAAGAGCGCAUCUUUUCUGCUGAUGAGAAAGGCAAUAGCUCGCUAUGGAGGCUCCACACCAGCAGUGUUGGCCAGAGAUCUUACUACAAUGUAAUUACUGGCCAGACAGUUCAGAACAGCCCUCCUCAAGUCCUUGGGGGUAUUCUGGCCGACAUGAUGGGACUUGGGAAAACACUGAGUAUCCUGUCAUUAAUCGUUCAUACAUUGGAUGCCGAGGCACAGCAGUGGGCCGAAAUGAAGCCUUGUGAGCAACGAGAUGACAGGGACCUUUGUCCGAUGAGAAAGGGAAAGACCGCUCUACCUCAAAUCGAACAGACUCCUCUGGUGCGUAAUUGCAAAGCCACAUUGUUAGUCUCACCCCUCAGCACCAUCGCAAAUUGGGAGGAACAGAUCAAGCAGCAUGUUAAACCUGGCACUUUGAAAUACUACAUUUAUCAUGGCGCAGGCCGCACCAAAGAUAUCAACAAACUCGCUGAUUAUGACCUGGUCAUCACAACAUAUGGGUCCGUUGCAAGCGAAUUCAACCAUCGAAGCAAGAAGAAGGGCGGUAACUAUCCUCUUGAGGAGAUGAACUGGUUUCGAAUUGUGCUCGAUGAGGCGCAUAUGAUUCGAGAACAGUCGACACAACAAUCAAAGGCUAUCUGCCGGCUGCAGGCAUCGCGCAGAUGGGCAGUAACUGGGACUCCUGUUCAGAAUCGUCUCGAGGACUUAGGUGCCCUUAUGACAUUCCUUCGUGUGAAACCGUUCGAUGAGAAGGGAGGGUUUGCGCAGUAUAUUAUGGCUCCAUUUAAGCUGUGUGAUCCAGAGAUCCUACCAAAACUACGGCUAUUGGUUGACAGUAUCACACUUCGACGUCUCAAGGACAGGAUUGAUCUCCCCCCUCGCCGUGAUCACCAGGUAAAACUCGACUUCAGCGCCGAGGAACGUGCAAUAUAUGAUAUUUUCGCCAAGAAUGCUCAUGACAGGGUUAAGGUUAUCGUUGGCCAGCGAGAGAAUCGCUUAGGCGGAAAAGCAUAUGUACACAUCCUGCAAUCGAUUCUUCGCCUUCGCCUCAUCUGUGCCCAUGGCAAGGACCUUCUGUCUGAGGGUGAUCUCCAAGUGAUGCAUGGUCUAAGCAAGGAUUCUGCUAUUGAAUUGGAUAGCGAUGACGAGGAUGACCGACCCGCACUAUCCCCAAAAGAAGCAUACGAUAUGUACAGCUUGAUGAUGGAGACAAAUGCAGAUGCCUGUCUUAGUUGUGAUCGGAAAAUCGGUACUAUGGAAGUCGUCGACUCCGAAGGAGAGCCCAAGGAUGAAAUCAUCGGACAUAUGACGCCUUGCUUCCACAUUAUCUGUCCUGGAUGUAUUGACAGAUACAAUGCACAGCUAAAAGAGUUAGCACAAGGCCAGGCAACGGCGGAAUGUCCAAUAUGCAAGCAGCAUAUCAGGCUUUCCUACUUCCCCUUACGACAAGGUGGAGUUGAAGAUGCAGGCCCCAAAACGAAAGGCGAUAGCAGCGGGAAACAUGGUAAAGAAAUUAAAGGGUACAGCGGACAGCAUACCAAAACCAAAGCCCUUAUCCAGGAUCUCCUUUUUUCCAAGCAGGAGUCGGAAUUAGCACCGUCCGAAGCCCCAAUCAAAAGUGUUGUUUUCUCCGGUUGGACAGCCCAUCUAGACCUUAUUCAACUUGCUUUUCAAGAGAACGGUAUCAAUUAUACCCGCCUAGAUGGGAAAAUGACGCGCGUUGCCCGUGGUGCCGCCAUGGACGCCUUCCGCGACGACCCAAGUAUUCACGUCAUUCUUGUCUCCAUCACAGCCGGUGGUCUCGGGCUCAAUCUUACUGCCGCAAACAAAGUAUAUGUCAUGGAACCACAGUAUAAUCCCGCAGCCGAGGCGCAGGCGGUUGAUCGUGUACACAGAUUGGGACAGAAGCGAGAGGUAGAGACAGUCAGGUAUAUCAUGAACGAUAGCUUUGAAGAAAAGAUGCUAGAGUUGCAAGAGAAAAAGAAAAAAUUGGCGAGCUUGAGUAUGGAUGCUGAGCAUAGGGGGCGCAUGGAUAAGAGUGAGGCCGCGAGGAAGCGGUUGGAGGAUUUGAGGAGCCUUUUCAGAUAG